AAAAAAAAAAAAAAAAAAAAAAAAAAGAAAAAGAACCAAGCGGCGGAGCGGAUAGGUGCGCAACAUCUCGUUUCCAUGGACAACACGUCCAUCAUAACACAGGUUGCAAAUCCGAAAGAGGAGGAGAGCAUCUCAUCAGGUCAAGAUAAAGUCUCCCAGUCCAACAUCAGUCUAAAGAAGCACCGGAGCAGAAGUAUUUUCAGCCCCUUUUUUUGCUGCUUCCGCAACUACAAUGACUACCACGUGGAGCCCCCACCYGCCAACAACAAGACACUUUCUUUACCCUCUCCUCCAGAGGAGAAUGGCAGUCCUCCUAAGCCCCCAGCCAAGUUCCUCCUACCUGAGGUCAGUAUAGAAGACUACAGCAAGAACUGUGUGGUAAUUGACCUCGAUGAGACCCUGGUUCACAGCUCCUUUAAGCCCAUCAGCAAUGCCGACUUCAUCGUCCCAGUGGAGAUCGAUGGCACAGUUCAUCAGGUGUACGUCUUGAAGAGGCCCCAUGUGGAUGAAUUCCUGCAGAAGAUGGGCGAGUUGUUUGAAUGUGUCCUCUUCACAGCCAGCUUAGCCAAGUAUGCUGACCCUGUGGCAGACCUGCUGGACCAGUGGGGGGUGUUUCGAGCUCGGCUCUUCAGGGAAUCUUGUGUUUUUCACAGGGGAAACUACGUCAAAGACCUCAGCCGGCUGGGCCGAGAGCUCAGAAAAGUAAUCAUCAUCGACAACUCACCUGCCUCCUAUAUCUUCCACCCCGAGAACGCAGUCCCGGUGCAGUCGUGGUUUGACGACAUGACAGACACGGAGCUGCUGGAUCUGAUCCCUCUGUUUGAGGGUCUCAGUAAAGAGGAGGACGUUUACAGUUCCUUACAGAGCCUGAGGAACAGGUAGCAGAUGGUUUACCUGCCUUUGCCCUGCUGAACAGGAGCCUCUGUAGUCCCCCUCCGGUCCCUCAACAAACCGGGUCACUGGUGACUAACCGGUAUCUCCUGCUGAUCCAUGGACUCUUCUCCGGGACUCUUACGAACAAAUAUAUUACUGUAUGUAAAUAGUAAAUGUUUCUAAAAGGGAAAAUAAAAUGUCCAAUAAUUUUUUAUCAGAGAGGCAGUUUUACUAUGUUAUUAAGAUUCUGUGAGAAAUAUUUUAGUUAAUAAAACAAUCAAAUUCAUGGAGCAGUUUUUUUUGUUUUUUUUUUACAGGAAGUGACUUUUUUGUUGUAUUGAGCAGUUUUCUGCAAGUUUGAUGAUCCAAAUUUUGGUUCCAACAACUGUGAUUUUACCUUUUCUUACAGAAUGAAGUGCCUUCAUUACUGUGCCGGUUUUGUUGUGUCAGGUUAUGGGCUGCACGUUUUUAAUCCUGUGUUUUCACUCAGAUCUACGAAAAUCCUUUUAUGUAAAAAAAUUAAAAUAAUUUAAAAAACGGAGUCCUUUCAGGAACAUUUAAUCUGAGUAAAGUGAAACAAGUAAUUUAUAGAAAUUUAUGAAAACAUUGGACCCAGAUGAUUACAUGGUUCUGAGUUUAGUAGCAUUGAAUUGUGGAAUUCACUGGAAAYGUGAUUUGUGGAUGAUUCGAUCUUYGGCAGUGACUGUAAAUGAAACUCUGAAAAUCUGUUUUGCUUUUUGAAGGAAACACAAUUUGUGUGUGAUCACCGUCCACCAGUAACUGACCAGUUUGUAGUUCCAAAUAUGCGAAGCAGCAGAGCUCAGAGCGUCUUUUGAAACAAAUGCGUUGCAAUGGAAAUGCCAUUGAAAUUGAAAAAAAUUCAACAAGCUCAAAACGCAGAUUUAAAGCUGAAAGCCAUUUAUGAAAAAUCACCUGAUCUUUAAAAGAAAGUUUAACACAAAUCAGUUUAGAYGAGUACAUUGUGUCUGUAUAAUGGUGUAAAUUUACAGGUUGAAUUUGUUCAGUUUUAAUGGUGUGACUAUGUAGCAGCCUUUGCAUUUGCAUAGAAAGACGUACAGCUCGGCUGAUUCACGCAAUAACUUGUAACUACAAAAUGGUCUAAUGUCAAACUCCUAAUGAAAGUCUAAAAAAAAUAAAGAUUAGUUUAAAUUCUGUCUAUUUGGGAGGGGGGGGUGCAUUUGUAAAGAAAGGCUUUUGGCAUUGUACUGUACAACAUGAUUAAAGUUGCAAGUUUGCACACUGUU